AAGCCCUUUGAUAGGUGCCACGCUAGCGAACGUCCAAUACAAAAGGAAACAAUGGAACAAAUAGUGAAGACUCGCGAUGUGGAAAAGUUCGUGUCGGAAACGAAGUACUUCCUCGACGAAUUCGAUUCCAUCAUUAGCCACUGGGACCUGUCGGGGAACUUCUUCCUGCACUAUCUGAUCGAAAUCCACGAGAACGUAACACAGUUGCUGUCCCGGUUUACUACCCUCUCACUCGAAGGUGUCGGAGACCGGAAAAGCAAACCCUUCUUCAACCUAAAAUGUUGCGAUCUCGAAUUUCAAACAGUAAAAGAUCUGCGACUACACCAUCACUCUUGCCGGCACAAGAAAUCGCAUUUUGAAGAAACGGAUAACUGCGAGCUUAAAUCAGCCCUGCUUAAAUUGGCAUUUUUCAAUCGGAGGGUAAACGAAUACGUACAGUACGGAACAGUCGCUGACCGUUACCUAUGUCUAUACCUGAAAAAGAUUCUGAAAAAGAUCAUCAUCACUCUGGAUACGUUCAACCUGUAGAGAUGUGGUCGCAAUGCAGCAGGGAGUGCACCGUCAUUUUUGUGUAGCCUUUAAGAUUGCCUGUUAAUUUAAUUUAAUUAUAUAUAACUUCAAUGUUAGCGAUAAACCAAACCACAGGGGUAACGGUAAGAAUGGUAUCUGUACAUGUUAAGAAGCGUACAUAAUACGUUUAAAU